AUGGACAACCCAGACAAGAUAUUCAAGGAGCCAUGGACCCUUGAGGUGCAGCAAGGCAGGGCUGCCCACGGGGAGAUCAUUGGAAAGACAGAAGCUGCAUGGGCAAGGGCACAAGAGGUUCUUCCCAGGGCAAAGGAGACCCUUGCCCGGAUACAAGACUCAGCCAAAGAGGUUGCAAGAAUCAAAGAGAUGAUGGAAGAGGCAAAAGAGGAUAUUGUGCGGAUAGAAAGACUAACAGCAGAUGUGGAAAAGGAGAUACAGACAAAACAGAAAGCACUUAAAAUACUAGACAGAAUCAUUGAAGGCACACAGAUAUCUAAAGAGGAGAUGCAGAGACUGCAGGAGCCAAUAUUCACAGACGCACAGGAAAUAACAAAAAUAGAAGAAGCACUGCAUAAAGUAAAGAAGUGCCUGAGUAUUUCAGAGCCCAGGAUUUUGAGCAUUCAGUUGGUAAAAGAAAAGCAGAAAGAAGUGCACGCUGUCUCAGCAAAAUUUGAGAAGAAGGCAAAAGAGUUCAUUCUUAAGAGCUGCCUGAAGAACAAAAAAAGCCCAACAGAAGUGCAUACUAUACUAAGCAGAUACACGGAAAUAAUAAACUACCUUGUGAACAAAAGAGUAUUUGAAGAGUGCAUCCACGCGUACGUAACAUCCAUAUCCAAGCUGCACAGGGCGUACAUCCACAAAAAGAUAGAAGAUCUUGCAAAGCCCUUUAGAAAGGCAAAAGACAAAGCCGAGCUAAGCACAAAAAUAGAAGAAGCCAUGAUAUCCCUGAUACAACUGGCAUAUUCACUGGCCUCGACUGAAGGAUACUUUCUGCUAGAAUUAUUCACUCCAGAAGAAGAAGACCCAAACAUGGAUAUUCUCAAGGAUAUAUUUGCACAAGCAGAACAGGAAAUAGUGGCCUUCCCAGGCAUCCUGUAUGGCUAUGGGUACGAGGUAGGAGUGAUUAACCUGCUGGCAAAUAAAUUUGAGUGGCUUACAACCCCAACAUCUACACCAUCAGAGACACUUGCAAUUCAUAGGGUAGAUGCCAUAGUGCCCCAGAUAAAAAAGAAGGUGCAAGACCUAAAGGCAGGAUAUAUGCAGAACAUGAAGAAAAUAAUUGCAAAAGAGUAUUCAAAGGAAGGCGCAAUUGAGAUGGACAAAACAUUCUAUGCAACUGUGGAUGCAUCAAUACUUCCCUCCAUAAACACUGAAAUACUAAAGCUAAAUCUGGUUCACUCAAGUAAAAUAUCUGCGCAGUCUGAAAGAGUCUACCAGACAAUCAAAAAGGCCUCUAUCCUUGGAUCUAUGCAGGCACACUACCUGGAGAACAAGGGAGUGUAUGAGUCUGAUGUAGAUGCUAUUUUGGAUGAUGAGAUAGAGAAGACAACAGGCAACUUAAUCUACCUUGCAGAGGAAAAGGUCUUUGAGAAGGAGAAGCUCUCUAGCAUAGUGAAAAGAGCAAAGGAAAUAAUGAAUCUUUUAAACAAUGUGGAAAACCCAUUGGGAUUUAGGCUGCAAAUAGCAUUUAAGGACAUGGUUCUUUCUAAGGCAAACUUCCACCAGAAGAAUGAAAUAGCUGCUGUCCUAACCGACAAUAAAAAUAGUGUGUAA